CUGAGGGCGGGCGAUCACGCGGGAGGUUUAAACAGUCUGGUUUCGGUUCAGAGGAGUACAGUUGUCUGGUUACUUUUUAUUUAUUGAUUUCUAACACGGGUUUUUAGGUUUCCUAUUUCAGCAAAUACCCGGGAAGAUGUCACACGAAGGGCCUCUGCAGGAGUUGCCCUGCCUGAAUGAGUAUUUGGAGGGAUCCAUGCUGUCCAUAUCCCAGAAGAGCAAACGGAAAAAGAGAGAAUGCUUCGGAGACGGUCUGGACACAGAGAACACCCCUCACGAGCUCAUUCACCGGUGGUCACCACCUCACAAGCAGCGGGUGGUCUGCAAGGGCAAAGAGAAUGAGGAGAACCAGUUUGUACUUGCCAGGCGACCAAGGAAAAGGAGGGAGUUCUCAGGCUUGUCCUGGGACACACUACCAGAUGAGUUACUGUUGGGGAUCCUUUCCUGCCUUCCCCUGCAGGACCUCCUCCGGAUGUCCCGGGUCUGCAAGCGCUGGCAUCGCUUGGCGUUUGACGAGUCUCUGUGGCAUAGUGUGGAUCUUGUAGGGAACCCCCAGCUGGAUCAAGCUCUUGGGCAGGUGCUUAUGGCUGGAGUACUGGGACUGCGCUGCCCCCGUACCUGCAUUGGAGAACCACAUUUCACCCACACACGACACCUGCGUGUCCAGCACAUGGACCUCUCCAGCUGCACUGUCUCAACCCUGUUUCUAGAAGACAUCAUCUCCCGCUGCAGGCGACUAGAGAAUCUAAGCUUGGAGGGACUGGAGCUCUCUGACUGGAUCAUUCAGUCCCUAUCCCAGAAUACUGAGCUGGUACGGCUCAACCUGUGUGGCUGCUCUGGCUUCUCACCUGACUCGCUUGGUGAGAUGCUCAAAUCCUGCUCACGGCUUGAAGAGCUGAACUUGUCAUGGUGUGACUUCAGUACUGAUCAUGUGAAGGCUGUUGUCAGUAACAUCCCCUCCAAUAUCACCCAGCUCAACCUUAGUGGCUACAGACAGAACCUUACUAUGAAAGAUCUGAAAGACUUGGUGGAGAGAUGUCCUCACCUUGUAAAUCUGGAUUUAAGUGACAGUGUUCUGAUGACGACCUCAAGUUUCCCCAUCCUCCAGCAGCUGCGGUCUCUUAGACACUUAGCGUUGAGCCGUUGCUACCAGAUCCACCCUGCUGCCUUAGCUGACUUUGAGAAGUUUCCAGAGCUGCAGACGUUAGAGGUGUACGGGCUGGUCCAGGACACUUACCUGCCAAUCCUGAGUAAAAGUUUGCCCCGUCUCCAAAUCAACACCCUGCCAUUCUCGGGCGUGGCCCGUCCCACCGAAGCCACCCGGCGGGACCGCGCCAUGUGGGGUAUGACCUGUCGCCUGGUGUUCAGGUCCUAGUCACAAUGCCUUCCUAACGCUGUCACUAACCUAUUUCUGUCUGAUGCGGUCAUUCUAUACAAGGAAUGUAAGCUAAUUUUUGUGUCUGCAAAUUAAUUUGAGCCGUACAAAAUUUGUGGUACACUGACACCAAUUGUUCUCACUGCUGAUGAAGAUUUCUGUUUUGUGCUUUUGGCAACACUUAUCUUGUUUUUAUAAUGGCAGGUAUUGGUUCAAAGUUACUCUAAGGUCAGUAAUAGGACAUGGCCUUCAUAUGCACAGUCGUGGGAAUUUUAAAUGCCGGUAGAUUGCAUUUCUCCACAGUAAUCUUACUUGAAUAACAUGCAACUGAAUUCUUAAGAUUUUAAAAGGGUACCUGUUUUAGAGAUUUUAACCCUGAUAAUGUUGAAGACUGAGCGUGUAGUCGUAAGGGAAAUGCCUUUAUUUUUUACUUGCUAUAAUAAUACAUUCUGAUUUAUAGAAUACGUUAUCAGGAUUUUAUCUGUCCAAUAUAUUGACUUUCGAACAUUCCAAAGACAGAUCUGUUGGAAAAAAGGUCUGUAGUAAAGCUUGCCAAACAAAAAAAAAUGUUGGUUCGUUCUAUAAUGUUUCACUAGCUGGAUAUAGGAACGUUAAGUUUCAGGUCUGUCAACUGUAAGCUGGGUUUGCUAGGAAGAUUGGUCUGUUAGACUAAUGCAUAGGUGCUCUACCAUUAGCAGUUGAAAUAUUUCCCUCCAUGAUGCAAUGAUUUGGAAUUCCCUCUUCAGUGUUUUAUAAAAUAUAAAUUCAAUCUGCAUUUUAAGGCCCAGUUUUAACAAUGGUGCCAUUUACUUGAUCUAUUUAGUUUUGUAUUUUAAAGUUGAAGGAGACAAUAAGAAAUCAAUGAAGCCACGCUGUCAGUAUUACAUUUUAAAUCCAGCUCUACAUCCGUUUUGACUGAAUGAAAGCUGAGGCGGCUCUAACAUAAAAUAUGCUCGAGCCGUUGGCAUUUUUGUGGAAAUUAACAUUUUAAUCUUGUCCCUAAAUUAGGUACGAUAUGAGAAUGUGCACUACACCUAUGUAGUAAAUGGUAGCCUUGGCCACAAGGGGCAGUAGCUAUGUAUCGGUGCCAUGUUUGGUAUGUUUCCUGUUCGUGCUCACAUUUGUUUGAGAAACUUUUUUUUUUCCUAUUCAUGCGUUUUAAAAAUAAGAUUUACUAUGUUAAAUACUAAAAUGUGAAACUUGCCAAUUUUAUGUAAAUAAAUGUUUUAUUUAAAGUUGUGA